AUGCUCCUGCUAGCAAUAUUUCUAGCAUCUUUUGUUAUUGCACAUCCCACCCCCGAAUUCAUUGCACAUCGAGCUCCGAAAGUACUGGAGGAAGUCACGAUUUUCGUACCGCCCUCAACCUACACCAUCCCCAGAACUCUCUACGCACGUACCCUUCUCCUGGAAACAGACGGGGAUGAGACAGAUGUCCUAUUAGCAACUUGGGAAAACUAUUCCCCCGAACCUCCAUAUUUCCCGAUAUUCCAAUCUACGGACAGUGGCUCGACGUGGACUGAAAUAUCACGAGUAACAGAUCAGGUCAAUGGAUGGGGUUUGCGGUAUCAACCGUUCUUGUAUGAGCUCCCCAGCGAGUUCGGAGGGUUCCCCGCUGGUGCGAUUCUAUGUGCGGGUAAUUCGAUUCCUGCGGAUUUAUCUGCGACCCAAAUUGAUUUGUAUGCAAGCACGGAUAAAGGACUCACUUGGACAUUUGUAUCUCAUAUCGCAAGCGGGGGUGUUGCAGAACCUGUGAACGGCGAUACUCCUGUCUGGGAACCAUUCCUCAUGCUCUACCAAGACGAAAUGAUCGUGUAUUACUCUGACCAACGUGAUCCUGAUUUUGGGCAGAAGCUAGUCCACCAAACCUCUGCGGAUCUGUUGACUUGGGAAGCUGCGGUAAACGACGUUGCCUACGAUGUCUUCGACGAUCGGCCAGGAAUGACCACUGUUGCUCUUCUACCAAAUGGUUCAUACAUCAUGACCUACGAAUUUUUCGGAGCUCCUGAAGCAUCGUUCGCUGUUUACUACCGCAUCUCGGACGAUCCUACCGCGUUUGACUCGGUGCCUGGGCAAGUACUUCGAGCAACAGAUGGAACGAUACCUACUAGCUCUCCGUACAUCACUUGGAGCUCAGUCGGGGGUGCAAAUGGCAUUCUCGCUGUAAGUGCCAACAGCGACUCUGCUGUUUAUCUGAACCAAUGUCUCGGUGCUCCGAAUGCAUGGACGCGAGUGUCCACGCCAGAAAGUGCAUCAUACAAUCGCAAUCUGCGCGUACUUCCAGAUGGCACAUUACUCAUCACUGGUGCGGGUGUACUGAGUGGAACAGCUAAUUCUGUGACUACGAGCAGUAUCAAUCUGAAUACUGUAACACUUGCUUCCUGCAAUUAG